CUGUGACGCAACCACGUCGCUGUGGCUCAUUGCGAUGGCGGACCGCAGUGUCCCCAGACCUGCCCAGGGAGGCACCGAGCAAAGUCGCUGAAGCUCCGCCGUACCGGACACCACCUGUUCAAGUCGGACGCCGUCUCCGCCGACCCUCGCUCCGGAGCCGUAGCAUGACGGACCGGACCCGCUCGGAGCCAGAAGUGGAGUGAAGCCGCGGAGCGCACCGGGCGGACGAGCCGCAUGUUGAGCCCGCAAGUUGACUGACACAACAAAAAAGUCGCGUCGACGGCGAACGGAGAGCCGCUGAACGGAUUUAACGGAGCUCUGAGGGGGACACCGGUUCCGGCACAAUGAAAUUCGCGGAGCAUCUUUCGUCCCAUAUCACUCCGGAGUGGAGGAAACAGUAUCUCCAGUAUGAGGCGUUCAAGGAUAUGCUGUACGCGGCGCAGGACCAAGCUCCGUCCAUAGAGGUCACAGAUGAAGACACGGUGAAGAGAUACUACGCCAAGUUUGAGGAGAGGUUUUUCCAGACCUGCGAGAAGGAGCUUCUGAAAAUCAACACAUUCUAUUCAGAAAAGCUCGCCGAAGCCCAGCGGCGGUUUGCGACUCUGCAGAACGAGCUGCAGUCGUCGCUGGACGCUCAGCGGGAAAGCAACGCUCCGCCCGGCCUGCGGAAACGCAAGACCAUGUUCCACCUGUCACAGGAGGAGCGCUGCAAGCACCACAACAUCAAGGACCUGAAGCUAGCCUUCAGCGAGUUCUACCUCAGCCUCAUCCUGCUCCAGAACUACCAGAACCUGAACUUCACGGGUUUCCGUAAGAUCCUGAAGAAACAUGAUAAGAUCCUGGAUACUUCUCGCGGUGCCGACUGGAGGGUGGCUCACGUGGAGGUGGCGCCUUUCUACACCUGCAAGAAGAUCACACAGCUCAUUACCGAGACAGAGACGCUGGUGACCACGGAGCUGGAGGGAGGCGACCGUCAGAGGGCCAUGAAAAGGCUGAGAGUUCCUCCUCUGGGGGCAGCUCAGCCUGCUUUGGCCUGGACUACCUUCCGUGUUGGUCUCUACUGCGGCUUCUUCAUCAUUCUCGCCAUCGCCUUCGUUCUCACCGGUGCCGUGUUCAUCCGCUAUGAGAACAUGUGGCCUCUGGUGCGGAUCUAUCGCGGCGGCUUCCUGUUGAUCCAGUUCCUCUUCCUGUUGGGCAUCAACACGUACGGAUGGAGGCAGGCCGGCGUCAACCACGUCCUCAUCUUCGAGAUCAACCCGAGAAACAACCUCUCACACCAACAUCUGUUCGAGAUUGCCGGUUUCCUGGGCGUGUUGUGGUGCCUCAGCAUCCUCUCCUGCCUCUACUCGGAGUACACCUACCUCCCCAUGCAGAUCAACCCCCUCAUCCUGUACGGCUUCAUGGUGCUCUUCCUCAUCAACCCCUUCAAGACCUGCUACUACAAAUCACGGUUCUGGCUCCUCAAACUACUGUUCCGAGUCUUCACGGCUCCGUUCCACCGGGUCGAGUUCGCAGACUUCUGGCUGGCCGAUCAGCUCAACUCUCUGGUGGUGGUUCUGAUGGACCUCGAGUAUCUCGUCUGCUUCUACAUCUUCGAGCUGCAGUGGAGCAACAGAAAAGGCCUGCUGCCCACAUUCAAAGAUUCUGGAGACUACGUGUGCCACAGCUACUCCUACGGCCUCCGGGCCAUCAUCCAGUGUCUGCCCGCCUGGUUCCGCUUCAUCCAGUGUCUGAGGCGUUACCGUGACACCAAGAGGGCCUUUCCUCACCUGGUGAACGCUGGGAAAUAUUCCACCACCUUUUUCGUCGUCACCUUCGCCGCCCUUUACGCCACACACAGAGAACAAGGACACACCGACGCCGACAUGUUCUUCUACCUGCUGAUCGUCUUCUCCACCAUCAGCUCUCUCUACACCCUGAUCUGGGAUCUGCGAAUGGACUGGGGCCUGUUUGACCGUGGAGCCGGAGAAAACACCUUCCUCAGAGAAGAAAUAGUUUAUCCACACAAGGCCUACUACUACUGCGCCAUCAUAGAGGACGUCAUCCUGCGUUUCGCCUGGACCAUCCAGAUUUCUCUGACCACAAUGACCAAGAUCCAUUCUGUCGGCGACAUCGUGGCCACCGUGCUGGCUCCUCUGGAGGUCUUCAGACGUUUUGUGUGGAACUUCUUCCGUCUGGAGAACGAACACCUGAACAACUGUGGUGAGUUUCGUGCGGUUCGGGAUAUCUCCGUGGCGCCGCUGAACGCCGACGACCAGACGCUGCUGGAGCAGAUGAUGGACCAGGAGGACGGCGUCCGGAACCGCUCAGGCAAGAAGACCUGGAAGAGAUCCUACAGCCUGUCGCUGCGACGCCCCCUGCUGUCCUCCUCACAAUCCAAGAAGGACACAAAGGUGCUAAUUGAAGAUACGGAUGACGAGGCCUUCAGCUGAGUCCACAGUGUCAACAUGCACACACACUUACACACACUUACACACAUUUACACACACACAUUUACACACUAUACUUAUAAGGACCUCAUUCUCUGACAACCUCAGCCUCCUCUGUUCUAGUUUAACGAGUCCUCACCUCUAUAGAAACUUACCUCAUCUUUACAUUUCUGUGAUCAGAUCUUUAUAAGUAUAGAAACACAAACACACACACACAUAAAAACCCGCCGAAGCACAAACACAGUCACAGCAGAGAGCAAACGCCACACAGUCGGACGGACGGACGGACGGACGGACGGACAGGGGAAACCACACUGCCUGCAGGUUUUUUUAAAAACGGACUUCUCCGGUGUCUCGUUUACUCUGGUAGAUUUAGUUCCUUUACCUUUUCAGUUCCUGGCUUUGGUUUGGGAGAACACACAGACUGUUUACACGCCUUUUUAACUCCUCUGGGAUCAGCAGGGAGGAGACGAAGCCGACCUAAAGACUCACAAACCUGAGGAAGGACUCGACACUCGUCACAGCAUAUCCGAACAGAUCAACUGGUUUCAACUUGUUGAUUCUUUUUAUACUCCAUCUUUUCUUUCCUUCUUUUUGCAGCUUUAACAGCAACCCUGGACGCACUUGCAGGAAAAGUGCAUUUAAUACACAAAACAUGGAGGGGGGGAGAAAAAUGUACACAAAAAGUUUUGAUUCUUGUCUGUGAAGUUUCUUUGUAAUAUAUUUGCUAUGUUUUGAUGUGUGUUGUUACUCUGCUGUAGUUCAGUACUUCUACAUGUGUUCUUUCUACCAGUGAGACUAGUUUGAGCAUCUUCACGGUGGUUGUCGACGUAUUUUAUAACCUUUGGAAUGUUUUUCUCGGUUGUGCCACGUUUUUUAAGAAGCUCGUAGUCAAACCUCCCCCAAACCUCCAGUCAGCUCAGAAAAGGCUUUGAAUCAUCGUUAACUAGCUAACGAACACGCAUCGCUUCUCUCUGCACUAAUUACCAAAGCUUUGUUUUAAUGAAUGUGACUGUGGCUAAAGCAGCCAGAACCAGAACCCCACGCUUCCUUUAAAGUCGUUUUCUUUCAUUUUCCAGAUAGAAUUGGGCUGUUUUACCUGCAACACGAGCAGAAUUAGCGGUGUUACUGUCAACGUGUGCGUACAGUAGAAUGAUCUGAUGCUCUGUUUGUUACAUUAAGAUCUAAAAUGAGUGCAUAUGUCAGCGGAUCAGGGAGGUAAAAUGUAAAGAACUUUUAAAAACUGAUUGAAUGUGAUAAAAAAGAGGCGCAUUGCCAAACAAAAGUGCUGUGAUUUUAAAAUGAAAUACAGUCAGAAAGGGCAGAAAAAUGCCAUUUAAUGUACGAAAGUGACUCUCAUCAAUUAGUCAUGCUAAAUAUGAAAAGGCCGACCUUGCUUUUAUCUUUGUGUUUCAAAAUUAUUACAUUAUUGGCCAUUAUUACAUUUAAAAUUGCCAAAAUAUUACGUUAUUGGCCAUUAUUACAUUUAAAAUUGCCAAAAUAUUAAGUUAUUGGCCGUUAUUACAUUUAAUAUGGGCAAAACUAUUCUGUUAUUGGCCUUAUUGCAUUAAAAAUAUCCAAAAUAAUUACAUUAUUGGCCAUUAUUACAUUUAAAAUGGGCAGAAUUAUUACACUUUUGGCUUUAUUGCAUUAAAAAUUGCCAAAAUUAUUACAUUAUUGGCUGUUAUUACACUUAAAAUGGGCAAAACUAUUCUAUUAUUGGCUUUAUUGCAUUUAGAAUGGCCAAAAUUAGUACAUUAUUGGCCAUCAUUACAUUUAAAAUGGGCAAAAUUAUUACGUUAUUGGCCAUUAUUAAAUUUAAAAUGGGAAAAAUUAUUACAUUAUUUGCUUUAUUACAUUUAAAAUGGGCAAAACUAUUCUGUUUUUGGUCAUUAAUACAUUAAAAAUAGCCAAAAUUAUUACGUUAUUGGCUUUAUUGCAUUAAAAAUAGCCAAAAUUAUUUCAUUAUUGGCCGUUAUUACUUGUCAUGGCUAAAAUUCAUGGUUGCCCCAAAAAAUCACUAUCCUAACCCUACCUAUGUCCAUCCUUCCAGUUCAACUCGUUCUUCUUUUCACAAAGACAUAUUUAAUCUGUGGAGGCAAAAACAUGAAAGUUAAUGAGGUUUACGAUGUGUCCAGACUUUAGGGACACCCUGUAUAAUCAGCUUUGAUUCUGUAAAUCAGCAGGUUGAUUUCAUUCAGCGCCUCUUUCCUGUUUGUUUGUCGCUAACCUUCAGUGUUUCUUUGAUCAGAUCUAAUCCACCAAUCGCAGAUAAACUGAGAUGAAUGUGCCGUGGCUCCUCCUCCCUCCUCACAUCUGAAGAGCUGUUGGUCGUAAAGUUUACGCGAGUUAUUGCUGCUGUUUUCAGAGAAACGACGGCGACUUUACCGCCGGUCUGUGUGCGUUUCACUUCCUGUCCCUGUUCGACCUCCUUAAAUCCACUCUUUUCUCGAAGCCCAGAGAGCUGCAAGAGUGAUUUGUUACAGAAAAGUCAGGUUUUCUUUGUUCCCCUGAAAGACCGGAGAGCCUCUGUGGAGCUCCUCGGUUCGCUCUUUGCACAGGGUAAAAAACUGUGUUGCAUCCGUUGUGAGUUUAGAAGGUGGAUCGCUUCUCCGUCCAUUUAAAACACACCGGACAUAAAACAUGACACGCUGCACACACACGGCCCACGUUUGUGUCGGAGAGCACAAACACCACAGCAGACGGCUCUGUAAAAAGGCUCUGUUGUCUUGCCUGCAUGCUGCUUUUGUUUUUACAUUGUACAUAGAUCUUAAUUUAUUUGACAUGAUGUGUAUAUCAGUGAAUCAUUGCAGCCGCUGACAAUGAUGGACUUCAUACGUCGCCAUGUUUCGCUCCAGGAUUCGCGGUAUUUUGUAGGAGCUUCGUUUCCGUUCACAAUCCUGCACUCUUUUUUUUUCAUGUGUAAAUCUGUUGAAAUGUGUUUGUAUAAAGGUAGAAGAAAAAAAAACAAUCCAUAGAAAUGGAGAAUGUGAUUGAUCGUAUCUUGUUGGUGAUUCCUUUGUGUUUCGAGGCUCCGACAUCUCCGGGGGGUUUUAGGGCUCGUGGAGAAGAUUCCUGCGUCCCGAAGCCAUUUGUACAUCUGUGCAUUGAAACCAUUGUAAACGGGGACAAACCCCAGCCCAAGAUGCUGUUAAACUGAUCCCAGAUCUGCUUGAAUAUCUCUAGAACAGAUCGAGUUUUAGCGAUCGGCGUCUGUUUGAUUUGCGUAACCAGCUGACAAAAACAGAAACAGGGUUUUGUACAGUUUGAUGAGACGAUGGCGGUCAUUAAACCCCAACAUCUUGUUCUUCUCAUGAGUGAAAACCGCCUGACUUCGUUUUCACUGCUUGCUGAAACCUUCAUGAUGUUAAAGUGCUUGAUAUGUGUCCUCCCCUAGAUGUUGUUUGUACCUUCUCUCUCUAAGCUAGCUGAACGUGAUAGUAGCUGUAGUUUGGUAGGUGGAUGUUCUACUUUGAUAAGAUACUAAAAAAAAAACUUACAGAAUAAAUACAUUGUGGCUUAAUGUGAUUUUAAGAGACAUAAAGAAAGGAAAAUGUCUUACGGUCUGAACCAUCCUCCCCCGAGUCCCUUUGACAGAGUAGUUUGUACAUGUCGAGUGUAUAAUGCUGUUCUAUGAUGGUUUUUCUGAUGGUAUUUGUAUUUCUGUAAACACUUUGGUGAUCCUGUCAUAUCUGGGUUUUAUAAACCACGAUUAUUUUUAAAACUUA